AUGGGUUUAAUGCAUUUGUCUCUGGAAUUGUUGGAAUUAAUUUUCCAAAGAAUAUCUUUGGAUGAUGCCAUGAAUUGUCGUGCCACAUGCCGCUCUUGGCGAAAGGCCGCUGACGCCAUAUUUUCAUCUCAGCUUCCAUUGAUGCUCUCUCUUUCAACAAGAUGCUGUGGAAGCUUUGGAAGUUUAUCCGCCCCAUGGAGCAACCAUGAUUUUACUGUGCUCACUGAAAAAUGGCCGCAAAACAUUGACCGUACCUAUAAUAGGGUUUACUCGGUGCAAGGCUGGUUGGUGUUCAAUAUAUUUCGUUAUGAGUCGGUCAAAGGCCAAACUUUCUCUGAGCUUUUAUUCUUCAACCCGUUUUCUCGAGCCAGAUUCAAGCUUCCAAAACUGUUCUUGUUUUCUGGAGGGCCGUAUUAUUAUCAAGUUAGUGUUGCAUUCAAUUCUGCACCACCGGGAUCUGAGGAGUUUGUUGUUGCUUUCUUGGUUGUGUUUUGCCAUCCAGAAAAAGUGUACAACUUAAUCGGACCAGAAUAUACGAAGCAAAGGCUAGCUUUUAUCAAAUUGAAGCAAGGAUCAUGGAUUGAAUCCAUUGAAAGCGAUGAAUUCUUUUAUGAUAUUCAAGUUCAUGACGAUAAUAAACUGUAUGGUCUUACCUUCAAACAUCAAACAAGCGUGGUGUUCGUGUUUACCCUCGGAGAUAAUUAUCGUGAUAAUCAUGUCGUUGAACGAUUGGUUAUGCAAAAUACCAUACAAGAUAUAGAUGCUAUUGGAAGAUUUAAUUUUUCUCAUGCAUACUUCAAACGAAGCCAUCAGAUGGUAAUGGACACUAGCACUGGGGAGCUGUUGCUAGUUCGUCAUUUACCAAUUAGAUCUUACGACACAGAAGGGUUUAGUGUUUUUAAGUUGGACAGAAGCAAUCUUAAAUGGUGUGAGGUUUUUGACAUUGGGGAUCGUUUCUUGUUCUGGGAUUACACCAAGGUAAGUCUUGUGUCUUCUAAGGGGCUCAGACUUGCAGAACAGUUUAAGAGGGGCAACUGCAUAUUUUUCUGCCAUGCAAAUAACAUAGGAGCCUUCUUCUUAGCUGAUAAAACUAUUAGCCAUUUUUCAAUGAGUUCUUCUUUGCGGAUUUCACUUCGGAACAUGUGGUUCAGUCCUGCUCCUUAA